AAAUAAUAGCAGUUAUAAUGGUAGAAAGUGAUAGAUUGGGAAAAAGUGUUCUAAAUAUAGUAAACUCAUGUCCUUUUGCGGGAUUAAAUGAUGAGUUGCAAGGCGUUUUCAAUGAGUAUUUUGACAGAAAAUCUGAAUCCUCUAAUAGUGAAAGCAGCAGCGAUGAAGACCAAGAAGAUGCAGGGAGAGCUAACCACCAGAACAGUGGAGAACAUAGAAAUAAUCUUGGGCACUGAAACACCUGGAACAACAUUGGAUGAUAAUGAUGCUACAGGGAGUAUUAUAGAAGCCAUUGAAGAUGUUCAAUUAUGUGAAAGUGAAGCCCCUACCACUGAUGAUAUUUGCAAAAUUCUAGAAGGUUGUGGAUGUAAAUAUGGACCAGGGGAACUCAGUGUUGUUUUAUGUUUAGUAAAGAACAAUAUUUAAUAUUUAGAGAGGAAAGUGCCAAUUUAGAUUAUUAUGAAGAUCAUGUAAAUAAAUUAGAUUUAGUUGUUUUAGCCCAAUUAUGUGCUU